UAAAGACCUUGCUCCCAGGACUGAGUGCAGAAACUGAUCUUCCUUUCUAGAGACCCAGGCUCUCCCAGGACACCAAGGUCACCAUGGAGAAGUGCCUUGUCCUGUUCCCACUGCUUGUCCUGGUGCUGCUGGGACUGGGGUGGGUACAACCUUCCCUGGGCGCAGAAAGCUCGGCUAUGAAGUUUGAGCGGCAGCAUGUGGACUCAGGCGGUUCCUCUAGCAGCAAUGCUAAUUACUGCAAUGAAAUGAUGAAGAAACGGGAGAUGACAAAGGACCGCUGCAAGUCACUGAACACCUUUGUGCAUGAGCCCCUGGCAGAGGUGCAGGCUGUCUGCUCCCAGAGAAAUGUCUCCUGCAAGAACGGGCAGACCAACUGCUACCAGAGCUACUCCAGCAUGCACAUCACAGAGUGCCGCCUGACGAGCGGCUCCAAGUUCCCCAACUGUUCAUACCGCACCAGCCAGGCGCAGAAGAGCAUCAUCGUGGCCUGUGAGGGGAAACCGUAUGUGCCUGUUCACUUUGACAAUUCUGUGUAGCCCUCCACCUAAGCCAGAGCAGCAAGAUGCCUACCCCACCCCUGGUCAUCAUUUCAGCACCUGCCUUUCCCCUCUUCUUUCCUUGCCCCAAAGGAAAUUACUGCCUUUAAGGCUCCUGUCCAACACACACAAACUCCCCUCGCCUGUGUCCUGCUCCUGCAUGGUCUUGGGGCUGAGGAGUGGGUGGUGUGUGGGCCCCGUAUUGACUCUUUAACUGCUUCUUUCAAUAAAACACAGUGAUAGUCACCCAGCAUCUAUUUCUGUGACUGCUUCCUGGGGAAGAAGAAGACAUUUAAAUCUGACUCUUUCUGGUGAACAGCAAGUGAAUUUAAACCCUUCCCCCUUCAGACUGAGAAACUGGUUCAAAGAGGGCAUGAGAAAAUUCUUUCUAAUAGAUUCCUUUGUGUCACAAUCAAAUCUUUGAAAUAUGUACUGUUUUAUUAGAGAAAGGGAGCUACAGCUGGGUGCAUUGUAGCGCUGAGUAAACCGACAAUGGUGCAGCUGGGAUGCCCUAGUUCUCUGGCCUGGGAGGGACAGCUUUAGCACAGGAAAGCCCUGCACUGCUUCAGCGGGGAAAGGAGGACUCUGGAACUAGGAUCCUAGGUUCCAAGCUUCCCCUGGGCAUGUUGGAAAUCGCCUCCUAUGCCCUUGGCUCCUGGGACUGAAUGGAGGUUGCUAGGCCCACAGGACCCCCCAAGCCACCUCUGUUGUUCCAGGAAGCUGGGCAGGCUCCUAACCACUGUGGGUGAUGGUCCAAAGCUCUCCCUGGGCUAGCACUGAGGUGCUGGAACUCACCUCAUGUGGCCUCACUCCCUGGGUUCAAAGAAGGUCGCUGGACGUGGCCUAGUUAGGCCCCAGAAACAUGCUGAGCCUAGUCCAGUGUGUCUGGAAGCUGGGCGGGCACUUAACCACUGGGAGUGAUGGUCUUAAAGACUCCCCAGGCCCACGCCCUUGCGCUGAAUCUCACCUCCUGUGGCCUCAGCUCCCCAGCUUCCCCAGAAGUUCUUUAAUAAUGCCUUUGUAUGUAGAAGCUUGAAGUUAAAGAAUUUGCUGAGACUAUUUAGUGGAAAAGGUAAGACAAAUUCCAGUUCAACUAGAUGCGUAUUGAGGGCAUCUUUUGUGCUACCACUUGGAGUGCUUUGAAAAUGUCUUCCUUCUGUUACUUUCCUAAGUCAGUUGCUGGGGAAACCAUUAAAAAUUUGUGACUAACGUGCUGUCAAAUGAGAAUUCUCUGUUCCUUGGCAUUGUUACGUUUGUGUCUUUUAAGAUCGAGAAAUAUUAGAAAGUUUCCUUUUUCUUCAAAUAUUUCAAUAAUCCCAAUAAGUCAAGGUACUAAAAAUUUGUUAGUUUGCAAACACUCAUUUACGCUCCCUGACUGAAAGAUGUUUCAUGUGUUCAUUAUAAUAAAGAACAGAUCUACAGGAAUCUAAAA